CGUGUCCGGAAGUAGUUCCGGUUGCUCCGCUUCGGUUUCGUGACAGACAGAAGAAGCUCCAGAGGAAGAAGCGCUCGGAGUUGUAACGUCAGUCCGGCUGGAGCGACGUGCGGCCGGGGCGGCGUGAACCGGUGGACCCCCCCCCCCCCCCCCGGGGGCGUGUGAAGCAUGGGCCUCCUGGCGAGGGCGCGGAAGGAGUGGUUCAUCAUCGGGAUCGUGCUGGUCAUCCUGUCCGCCAAGCUGGAGCCCAGCGUCGGCGUCCGAGGCGGGCCGUUGAAACCGGAGGUCACCAUCACCUACGUCGCCGUCUCGCUCAUCUUCUUCAACAGCGGCCUGUCCCUGAAAACAGAGGAGCUGACCAGCGCGCUGCUCCACGUCCGGCUCCACCUCUUCGUCCAGUCCUUCACGCUCGUCUUCUUCCCGCUGGUCGUCUGGCUGCUGCUCAAAGUGCUUUCGCUCACCGCCAUCGACCAAUGGCUGCUCAGAGGCUUACAGACGGUGAGCUGCAUGCCCCCCCCGGUCUCUUCGGCGGUUAUUCUCACCAAGGCUGUCGGCGGCAACGAGGCUGCUGCCAUCUUCAACUCAGCGUUUGGAAGCUUCCUGGGCAUCGUGGUGACUCCGGUGCUGCUGCUGCUGUUUCUCGGCUCGUCGUCCUCCGUUCCCUUCUCCUCCAUCUUCUCUCAGCUCUCCGUGACCGUGGUGGUCCCGCUGAUCCUGGGUCAGGUGUGCCGCGGUUUCCUCAGGGAGCAUCUGGAGCGCCGGAAGCUUCCGUUCGGCGCCGUCAGCAGCGCCGUCCUCCUCAUGAUCAUCUACACCACCUUCUGUGACACCUUCAGCCGCCCCAACAUAGAGCUGGACCCCACCAGCCUGCUGCUGGUGGUCCUCAUCAUUUUCUCCAUCCAGCUCAGCUUCAUGCUGCUCACGUUUGCCUUUUCUACCAGGUCAGGAUCAGGAUUCAGCGCCGCAGACACUGUGGCCAUCAUGUUCUGCUCCACACACAAGUCUCUCACUCUGGGUAUCCCCAUGUUGAAGAUCGUGUUCGAGGGCUACGAGCACCUCUCUCUGAUCUCGGUCCCUCUGCUGAUCUACCACCCGGCUCAGAUCCUGCUGGGCUCCGUCCUCGUGCCGAGCAUCCGGAGCUGGAUGACCAGCCGGCAGAAGGCGGUGAAACCUCCGACUCUUCAGCCCGUCUGACGAAGACGAGUUCUGAGCGGCGUCGGCGGAGUGAUACGGUGGAACGUGCCUUAUUACAAACUACAGACCUCAGCGCGGCGGAGGGACGUCGUGCACCAGUCGCCUCGAUAUUCUCAGACAAAAAACUCACGUUUAAUAUUUCCAUCAUACAUAUUCUUUUAUAUUUAAAAGAAGCACACAAAUAACUUAUUUUUAUAUGAAAUACCUGCAAAAAAAGAGAAUAUCUGUUUUUUUUAAAUUACCUUUUUAUUUAAACACGAAUGGACCCAACAAGCCGAGUUACUGUUACUUGUUGUUGUUCUUUCUAUUUUCUACUUUUUUUUCCUACUCUUUGUCCCAGCUGUCACUGCCAGGACACGUGUUACAUUUAUAAUUUGAGGAGCAAACUAAUGCUGGAGUUUCUGAGAUUUAAUAUACAGUAUGAGAAUGACGGUUUCUGAUUCGUUCUAAAACAACGCUUGUUGUUUGUUUGUGUGUUUGUUGACGAGAAGCAGUCCUGUAGCGAGGCAUGUUGACGUAACUCAUGAUCUCAAUGAUGAAGCUGUGACAUGAACCACGAGGUAGAGAAUCUAAUUGUCCAAAGUAUCCUCAUCUUUCCUGGAUCUCUGUAGAUUCUUUACAUCUCUUUUGUGAAACUAUGUUUAUAAAGAUUGUUUUUGGUAUUUGGUCCACGAGAGCAUUUUUAACUUGGACCAAUGAGGAGGCGGUUAUCGGUCCACAUGCAUUGGAAGCAGAUGAUGCCUCAUUCUAACUGUGAUUGGGGUACAUGCUAACAUGCUAAUGUUUAGCCGGUAUAACCGUGAUCACCAUCUUUGCGUUAGCAUGCUAACGUUGGCUAAUUGCCAGAAAGACACAAAAGUGCACCUGAGGCAUCGUAUAAAUGUCAUAAAACUAUUCAGUACUGGGCGAAUACAGAUUUUGACCAGGUGGUGGCGCUAGAUGAAAAGUACGAGGACCACGAAGGUGAUCACGGUUCAUCCCCAGGGGAUCACGAAUGUCUGAACCAAAUCCGAUGGCGAUCCCAGUCUGGACCAAAGUGACGGACGAGCGAGGCUUAGAAGGAACGAACAGUUUACAGAGUGUUUUCUACUCAUAGAGAUGACAGUGAAUGUAUCAUCGUCAGAACCAAUCAGGUGCAACACGUGACCAUCCAGUCAAAACAUGGAUCGCACUAUUUUUCGGCAAUGUUCAGCUGCUUUGUGACGUGACCAAACUGACAUUACUGCAUGAGGAAUGUGCAACACGAGGGCACGACGUUGCUCAGGGGCACUUAGGUAGUGUCACUCCCUUAGCCUUACAUCCUCCUGGGGAUUUAAUGUCAAUUCUGAUUUCUGCAGGGUCUUCUGAUUAACCCAUUAGACAUCCACAGCUCUGUGAACACCUGCUUGUUUUCUUUUGUAGUACAUGAUAGCAUUAGCAGUCCAAUGCUAACGUAGGAAGUAGUGCGUCCUUUACGUGGCAACAUGGGUUGUCAGUGUGUGGCGGUCGGGUUGGAAAAACUUAUAUUAUUUAGCUACUUUUAACCGGGGGUCUACAUUUCCGAACUAUAAUCACACUGUAACCAUGGUUUACUUGUCAUAACUAUGAUGUCUCCCUCACGUUCACCAUACAGUGGUUAUCGGGAUGUAUCUGGAAAAUACAUUUCAAAAACGUUAGCCGUGGACGUUAAAAAUGGUUUUAAUUGAACCGGGGUUUUGCAGGUCCUCUGAUUUCAGUAUAUUUUAUAUUAUAUAGUAUAUUUUGGAAAGUGUAUGUAAAGGUGUGCCCUUCCACUUGUUUACAUAAAGUGUUCAGAAAUAAACGUACAAACUUAAAAACAA